AUGAACGAGAAAGAAAUCAAUUUCCUUUUGCAAAAAAAUAUUGUUGUUGAACAGCCACUUGCAAAAGGUGCUUAUGGUGAAGUUUACUCUGUCUACCAUAAUCGUUACCAGAUGAAAUUCGCGAUGAAAAAGAUUCCAGAAAAAUGCUUCAGGGAAGCUGAACUGGAGUGCAUGAAAACAACAGAUGACCAGAGGUCAGUCAAUGUAUAUCAGUAUUUUCGCUUUGAAGGAAGCGUUUAUCUAAUUAUGGAAUUUUGUCCUAACGAUUUGUUCAAAAUGAUUCAUGAAAGAAAGGACAUUUCCCACCGUGAGCUCGAGAGAAUCUUAUACGAUACAAUCAUGUCCGUAAAAGCUUGCCACGAUAAGAGAAUUGCUCAUUGCGAUAUCAAGCCUCAAAAUUUCCUUAUCGAUAGCUAUGGAAGAAUUAAGCUCAGCGAUUUCGGCCUAUCCGCUAUAUUAGAAGAUUCCAACGCCAUUUCAGAUCAUAAAGGAACUAUUCUUUUUAUGGCACCAGAACAAUUAAUGCAAAAGCACUACAACCCAUUCGCCUCCGAUAUUUGGGCCUUAGGAGUUACAUUGUUCUACAUAAUUACAAAGUCUUUUCCAUUUUUCGACACUUCCGAGCCAAUGCUAAUGAGGAAGAUAUUAGACGGAAGCUGGAAUACAAGUUUGAUACCGAAUUCUCAUUUGACCAAGCUCGUUUCAAGAUGUUUGGUCGUUGAUCCAGAACAAAGAGCCACUGUUUCAGAACUGCUCAAAAGCUCUUAUUUCCCAUCAUUGAAGCUUAAUUCCAACAAUAACAAAAAUGGAAACCAGAUGUUACAAAAGAGGAAACAAUUUUCUUCAAUUAUCAAACCAUUUUCAUGCAGAAGACAGCUAAUUUGCUCCAGAAUAAGCCCAGUGUCAAGUUCAUCUCUAUGCUUACUUGCACACUAA